AUGGUUCGUUCCAGGGGAGGCUGCUCCAACUGCAAGCGGCGGAAGAGGAAAUGUGACGAGACGCGUCCAGACUGUCGGGCCUGCCAGCGGCGCGGAAUCCAGUGCGAAGGCUACAACACAACGCUCAAGUGGACCAACGGAAUAGCCUCGCGUGGUCGCUUUGCUGGAGCCGCGAUCCCUGAUGUCUCUUUCUACAGUUCCAGCUCGGAGCCCAGCAAACUCUCACACUCAGAUCAUCUGCCGAGCACCGAGGAUCCACAUUUGCAGGUGGCCAGCGCCCCAUCCACCUCCUCUUCUACCUCCCCUCCCGGAGCCGAAGGGAUCACGCAGACCGGUUCCGCCUCCGAGUCUGGGGUUGUCUCUCCCUUGGCGCGGUCGCCGGGCGCAAACAUUGACCCAAAACGGCAAUUGUUCAAUAAGUUCCUGAAUGCCGGUUUGCAUCGCCUGUAUACGACAGAAAGUUACAUUUGGCUCCAGUCACACUUCCAGGCAAUGGCAGAAAAGAGCCAGGCCUUUUUUGUCGUCUGCACUGCCAUCCAAGCGUAUAUGGAUGAUGGCUUUUCGGUACUGGCGAUGGAACAUGUCGACCAUGCCCUGCAAACAUUCCGAGCGGAACUGGAAGGUCGGCAUGGCUCUUUGGAUGUCUCGACCAUGUCGGCCGGCAUCCUCGUUUGCACUCUAUGCUUACUUCAAGCCCGUCCCUUCACCAUGUAUCUGCAGCUCAUGGCAGACCUUUAUCAUCUUGACACGAAGCUUGACGUCCUAGUGCCGUCUGCCGACCACGACUUCCCUACACGCCAUUCCAUUGAGGUAUUAUCUAUCAUGGACCUGCCAACAUCAGUGAUAGGAAGGAUAAGCCCGAGCAUGGGUGUUUGGCGCAAACUGCGGAAGCAUCAAGACAAUGAGAGAGAAGACCUAGAGGCGCGACUCUGGGCCUGGCCUGGCGAGAUAGGCAUGCAUGCGCAAUGCAUUCUGUGGGACUGCUGGAGAUAUUCAGCUGUCCUGGAUGUGAGGAGGCGAGGGAGGCGGACAAAGCGCGUCGCUACGAACGCAGCGCCGAAGGUAUCGCCAACGCAUGACAAAUCAACCGAUUCGGCGCUGUCUUCUUCGACAGAAGUUGUCAUGUGCCGCCUUGUUGCGUCUAUUUACUCUUUAUUUCGAGCAGUUGAGAUACCCGCAAAUCACCACUUGCUGGUUCACAAUGGCCUCAUCUAUCCACUAGUCACAGCCAGCGUAGAGGUUCCCUUGUUAGCAGCGCACCCGGAGUGGAAGGAGGUCUUGGAUGAUGUGAGGGCAUCAUUCAACAAGAAGGAUUCUUUUCAUGUCCAGAAGAUGAUUGAUGAAAUCCUUGAAGCGGCCUGGAAGGAGGGCUCAGAUAGCUUCGACGUUGAGAAUGCAGCUCAGACUAGGGGAGUAGAGAUUGCGGUCUUCUAG